AUGGGUUACCUUCCAUCCCUCGGCUCCUUCGCCCGCGUGGUCGGCGGGGUGCUCGCCGUCAGCCUCAUCUCCACCGCCGGUCUCCUCUAUCGCUAUCAAACUUCACUCAUUUACCCGUCCUCCUUCCCCGCCGGAUCCAAAGCCGAAGUCAACACACCCGACGAGUACGACCUGCCCUACAUCGAGGAAGAGCUCAUCACACCGGACUCGCAACGGCUGCGCAUCUUUGUCAUGCUGCAAGGGACCAAGCUCGCCUCUCGCAAACCAACACCGAAAAUCCAAGCGGUAGAAGACGAAAAGGCGAGCCUGCCGCAGCAGGUUGAGCGUAAAUCGACGGCGAGUCAGACGGGCAACACGGCAAUAGAUGUGUUUGAUGAUGAGAUGGCGGGCAGCAGGCCAACGGUGUUGUUCUUGCAUGCGAAUGCGGGCAACAUGGGUCAUAGAUUACCGCUGGCGGCCGUGUUCUUUAAGCGGUUCGGAUGCAACGUUGUCAUGCUCAGCUAUCGAGGGUAUGGCUUUUCCACCGGAUCGCCCAACGAAAGAGGGAUCAAGAUUGACACGCAAACGACGCUCGACUACAUUCGCUCCCACCCAGCUCUCUCCUCCACCAUCCUCGUAGCCUACGGACAGAGCAUCGGUGGAGCGGUAGCCAUCGACCUUGCCGCACGAAACCCCGCCUCUGUCCACGCCUUGAUCCUCGAAAACACAUUCUUAAGCAUCCCCGAGCUCAUCCCGCACGUGCUCCCGCCGGUAAAAGCGUUCACAUUCCUGUGCAGAGAGUACUGGAACUCCGGCAUCGCGAUUGGUAAAGUCUCGCCGAAAACACCGGUUCUGUUCCUCUCCGGAAGACAGGACGAACUGGUUCCACCACCACACAUGGAUUCGCUCUUCGAAAGGUGUAAGAGCAAAGUCAAGGUGAAGAAGGAUUUCCUGGAUGGUACGCACAACGACACGUGUAUUAAGCAGGGGUAUUUCGAGGCGGUGGGCGAGUUCCUGAUGGAUCACGUAGUUGGUAUGGUUCGCGAGAAGGCGACGGUGGACAAGGAGGAGGUGAAGGUGGAGGAGCAGAGUGGAAAGACAGGGAGGAGGGAGGGGAGCGGAGACGAGUCGGAUGAUUGGGUCAAGAUGAGCCGGUCAGAGGUUAGCGAUGAGGCGAAGGUGGAGAAGCAGGCGAAGGAGAGGGAUGGCGAGGAGGCGCCUACGUUGAGCAAGGUUCCGAAGCUCUGA